AUGACUAACGAUGGCCUAGGUUGCAACAUCGAUGGCUGGGAUUUGGCAUGCGAGGCACGCAGCUCACGCACAACGCCUGACGAUGAGCUUGGUGGCGCGACCGCUGCUGGUGGCGGUGGCGUGCAACAAUACAUGGCGCAUUCUUUCAACAGCGACAGCGACAACGACAACGACAGCGACAGCGACAGCGAUAAAACUCGUAGCGACUGCGACGCCAACGCUGACGACGACGCUGACGCUGGCGACGCGCAGCAACAAAAUGAAAAUGAAUCAAGUGUGUUAGCAACAACAACAACAACAACAACAACAAGAACUUGCCACAAUACUGUGGCACGCACUGAGGCCAAGCAAAAGCAAAAAGAGGAGCAGCCAAAGCAGCAGCAGCAGCAGGAGGAGGAGAACGAAUCGCAGCCAUUGUCAUUGCCAUAUUUAAAUUUAAUCGAAGCGACUGCAGAAACUCGAGCAACGUCUGCAUUGAAUAUUAAUAAUAAUAAUAAUGUUGUUAAUGUUGCUGGCGUUCUGCUGCCAGAACAGAGUCAGUUGCAAGUUGGCGUCGUCGUUGUUGUUGCUGCUGAUUACGUGAAAAGUGUAGCAGACAACAAAGCGACAGAGCAACAACAAUUGCAAGCAACAACAACGAGUGAGGACGUCGACGAGAGGCCAACGCAUGCUGAUCGCAGUGCAACGAGUAACGAGUCAGCAACAAGCUGCAACGAUUGCGAUCUUAUUGAUUUUGAUACCGACAUCGAUGUCGUUGUCGAAAAUGAAUUUGAGGCCAGCCAGCGCCUGAAACGCUUACAGCAUAAUUUUCAGGGACGCGUUAACAGCAACAGCAACAGCAGCAGCAGUAGCAACAAUAACAGCUGUAGCCAAGUUGAUUGUGUAAAGGCAUCCUUGAGACAAUUACUAGAGCAACAACAACAGCAACUACUAAAUGCCUGCACUGUAACAGAAACAGCAACAGCAACAGAAACAGAGCAACCCACAACAAAGAAACAACCCUCGCUAGUGACUAGUGCUGAGGAGCUGCCCCAACCCCAGACGCAGACCCAGACCCAGACCCAAGCUCAGCCAAUUGUUGUUGCUGCUACUACGACGACUACUACUACGACUACUACUGCUGGUGGCAGCUUGGAGGACAUUGCAAGUGGCAGCAACUGGCAGCAGUUGGCCGUGGCAAGCAGCUCAAGUGCAAUUCAAUUAAAUGCAAAUUGUAGACAAGACAACGAAAUAACUUUGGCAAACAAUUGCAAAGAGUUAGCAACAGCAGCAACAUUUACUACAGCAAUAUCAAGAGAGCAGCAGCAGCAGCAAUUGCUGAAUUCGCCAACGCGCCUGUGCGCUGAGAGUGCAAAAGCGAGAGCGCGUGAGAGCGUAAGCGAGAGAGCGCCAGAGAGUGGAAACUUAGGCGAGAGUCACAUUGAAACUGUCACAUUGACAGCUGACGACACUAGCGAGCAGUUGCUGAUUGAAAUUGAAACGCAGCAAUUAACAACAGCAGCAGCAGCAGCAGCAACUUUUGGUUUAAAAAGCGCCUUUGUGCCUGCAACUGUUGGUGGCGCUACAGAGCCAAGUCAGGCUGAUAGUUUUGUUGCCAGCAGUCUAAGUGAAUUUGAUGUGCAGCGCUUUGGCGAAUAUCUAAGAGAAGCGCGCCAGCUACAGCUGCUGGACAUUAAGCAACAGCAGCAACAGCAGCAACAUCAGCAACAUCAACAGCAGCAGCAAUCGAGACGUGUUGGUGGCUUUCAGUGCUACGACGAGUUACUCGCUGAGUUUGUUAGCGAGCAGCAGCAGCAGCAGCAGGCGGAAGACAACGAGAGUGAAUGCAGCGAAUUUAGCGAGUGUCAAUGCCAUGAGUGCCUAAUUAUUGCAGCACAACAGCAACAGCAACAGCAACAACAACAGCAACCACAACAGCAGCAGCAGCAGCAGCAGUUUAAACGCAACUUUGCAUUAAUACCACCCACCCAAAUUAAUCCCCUAACAACGAACGUCAUGCGUGAAGUCAAUGGACAAUUGCGUGGUCUGCUCAAGAAGCCGAACCGACCGCCGCCCGCCCGCAAGAAUCGCGUCGUCUUUGAUGAGACGCGCAACGAGUUCUUCGAAGCGGAUUAUAUCAUCCUCAUACGCGAGGACUGCGCCUACGACGAGGAGGACGAGGAGCCCUGCACCUGUGGCGAGCACGAGCUCGUCCGACUCUGCUGCGAGGAGGGCUGCCAAUGCAACUAUGCGGUGAAUGCCAGCGACCCAAGCGCCGAUGGACGAACGCCACAGAGCCCCAAAUUCCAGCCGCCAAUUGACUUUGUGGACGAUGCGGCGCUGAGUCCGCCCGAUGGCUACAAGGACAACAGCCUCAAGAACACGCUGGGCGGAGCGCUCAGUGGCCACAUCUUUGGGGCACAGCAUCUGCAGCAGUUGCAGGUCAUACAGCGACUGCAGCAGCAGCGAGCUGCGAUGCUGGCGGCUCGCAAUGGCAACAGUCAAAUUCCACCACCGCCGCCGCCCAUUGGCAGCAGCGCCCAGCAGCAGCAGCAACAGCAGCAUCAGCAACAGCAGCAGCAGCAGCAUCAACAACAUCCCGACGAGGAUAUGCAGGGAGUCUGCACCGAGUGCGCCGAGUGUGCCGAAUGUGCAGCCAAGCAGCUACAGGAUGCGGAAUGCAACGCUGCCCAGUGUGCUGAGGAGUUGACACCGUUGGGUGUGCCCGCUGUGGCGUUGCUGCCACUUCACACCAGCUCCCCGGAACGUCGCAUUACCCAGAAGGAAAUCAUUGCCGGCGAGGAGCGUCCCAAAUAUGUGCUCACAUCGCAAUACAAAGCCGCUCCCGGAGCAGUGAAAGUUAGAAAGGACACAAGCAGUAGCAGUAGCAGGGAACGGCACAGAACGGGCAACAGCAUUGUCGCCACCCACGGUGGCCCGUUGACCGCCGUUGCCAACGCCGCCGCCGCCGCCGUCGCCGCCGGCAGUAGCAGUAGCAGCUCAGCCAAAAAAAAAAGAUUUGUUGUUGAAACUAUUACCACUAUGACCACAGUGACCGAGCGACGCAUAAUACGAGAGGCGCAUGACGAGCCCACUGGAGGAGGAGCCGUGGCAGGAGCCGGAGCAACUGCAGCGGAUAUGCAGCCACCAGCAUUGCCGGCCAAGGCGAAUGCAACAGCAGCAGCCGCUGCGGCCGCCGCCGUCGCCGCUGCCAACGCCGCAGCAGCAGUACCAAGUGCCGCUCAUGAGGAUUGCUACGAUGAUGAUGAUGAUGAUCAGGAUCAGGAGAAGCCGCCACCCAUACCGCCCAAGGAGCAGUCGGCCAUGCAGAUUAGCGGCAUACUCAAGGGCGGCAAGCUCUGGAAACAGGACUCCAUAUCGCAGCAAUCGGAUGACCAGAACAAUACCACCUCAGAGGAUGAAAGCGGCGCCACGAAGCAGCGCUCGGUGCGCUUUGUCACCGAGGAUCAGGCCAAUGCCUGCCUGGAUGGCGAUGGCGGAUCGCUUGCUGGUGAUUUGGACGACAGCGAGAACCAGAUCAACGAGCUCAUCCCGAUUAAGAAGCACUCGACGCUGUUCAACAAUGCGCUGCGUCCCAAUUCGGCAGUGCGCCAGCUCUUUCCCAGCGUCUCGGCCCAGCAGGCGCCAGUGCUCACCUCGGAGGCGCUGCGCGCCUUCGAUGAGUCCAAGCGCGCCGGCUGCCUGGUCACCCAUCUGCCGGGCAGCUGCGGCGGCGGCGACUCCGACACCUUGCGCCGCAGCAUGGAGCGCAACAUUCUGCGUCGCUCCCUCAUCAAAAAGAAGGCGGUCAAGUCGGACAUAUCGCUGGAGGAGCGCAUCAAGCAGCUGACCUGCGACAUUGACGAGGAUCUGGUGGAGGAGCUAACACGCAGCGUGGCCGAUCAGAGCGACCAGGACUCGGAUCAAGCUGGCGCCGGCUUGGAGGAGCUCGCCCAGCGCGAUAGUCCCGCUGGCGAGGAGAGCCAGCAGCCCAGCCAGAGCAAUGGCAAUGCCAAUGCCAAUGGGAGUGCCAAUCCCAAUGCCAAUGGCAAUGGCAAUGGCAAUGGCAAUGGCAACUUGGCCCAGCCCAAGUUUUUGAACGGCGAGAAGAGCUUCUCGCCCAGCAGCUCCGUCUCGAGCAGCUCCAGCGGCAGCUCGGCGUACAAAAAGAUUGCGGACAUUUUCAGUCGCGACAAGAAGCAGGAGAAGAUCAUGGAGCUGGAGGAGAAUCCAAUUGUCAUUAUACCCCAAGAGUGCCGCUGCCCAGCUGCACCCGAUCUCGGCAUGGGCAUCCAAGUGCCCGUGGUGCACACCCAGAUCCAUCGCACCCCACCGCGCCAAACAGAGCCCAAGCGCCAGUUUCUCUCCACGCUGGCGCCGCUCACCAGCUGCGUGGCCGGCAACAAGGACGACCUGAGCUCCUACUACACGCUGGCCGCCGCUGCUGCAGCUCAUCAGCAUGGCCAUGCCGCUCAUGCGGCGCAUGCUCACUACGCCGCCGCCGCAGCGGCUGCAGCGGAUUUCAAUAUGAGUCAACUGCUGGGCGCAGCAGCGGGCGGCGAUGCAGCGCAGCAGGCAGCGGCAGCAGCAGCGCUUCAGGGAUUGGCCGCAGGAGCCAGUGGCGGUGGCGUCGGCGGCGAUGAGGCGCGCAAGGUGGCGCCCGAUGUUAUUGCCGGCACGCCAGGCCAGGAGACCGCACAGCAGGAUGAGCUGGCGGCGUUUGCUCAGGCCGAGGCCAAGCGCACGGAGCUGCUCAAGAAGCGCUACACGGUGGCGGAGUCAGCGGCGCAGACGCAAUCCCAAGCCAGCAGCGACGAUGAUGAGCAGAACGAUUAUGGAUUCAACAAGCGUCCCUCGGUACGCGGCAUCAAGCCCAAGUUCAGCUCCACCAAUGAGAUACUCGCCCAAAUGCAGGAGCAGCUCACCCAGCAGAUACCCACAACGGUCAUCAGCAGUCAGCCCGUGCCGCAGGCGGUCAAAGGCUACGCCAUGCCCAAUCAGCCUAAGCAGCAGCAGCAGCACAGUCAGAAUCCCUCGCCCCAAAAUGUGCCACAGCAGCAACAGCAGCAGCAGCAGCAACAGCAACAGCAACAGCAGCAGCAGCAGCAGCAGCAGCAACAAGUGACGUUGCAACAACAAAUGGCGGCCGCGCUGCAGGCCAACACCAUUGCCCAGCAGAAGACGGAGCAGCGCACCUGGAGCUUCUACAGCGAGAGCGGCGAGCAGCAGCGCUUCCCAGUCGAUGCCGCCGCCGCCGCUGCCAUACAGCAGACCUACUACCAGACGCUGCCCGCCGGCGCCAUGUUCCGCCAGACCAUGAUCCAGCAGGGCACCACGGGCGCAGCUGGAGCCGGCUGCGUGGGCGAUGAUGCCGCCUCGCUGCUCUAUGCCGCCGCCCAGAACUGCCAGAGCGUCACCUCGACCUCCAUCGAGCAGAGCAAGCACAGCAGCUACAGCAGCCACUUUGCCCGCAGUCCCACUCGUCGUCCGGAGUCGCCGCCCCCGUUGCGCAACUAUCACCAGACCAUGGUACUGAUUCCAUACAAUGCCGAGACCUACUCCCAGUUUGCCACCAGCACCAGCGGCGGCGGCGGUGGCGGCGGUGGCGUCAUCGAUCCCAAGCUGGCCCACAUACAGCGGCAGAAUAUUCUCGAGUAUCAGCAGGUGACGCAGCAAACGAUACGCGUGCCCAUUGGGUAUGCGCUCCCUGGAAUGCAGUUGCAUGUGGUUAGUGGGCGUGGCCAUGCGGCACACUAUGGACAACAUUCGCAUGCAGUGGCACAGCAGCAGCAGCAACAGCAGCAGCAGCAACGAUUGAUGCCGCAGCAUUAUCAAUUUGGAGCAGAGGGCGGCUUGGCGGGCUUCAGUGAGCGAGGCGUGCCCGAGGGCGCUGCUGCGGUAUCGCAUAGCGAUUGCAAUGCCAUGAUCUCACCAACUGGCGCGCAACAGCAGCAGCAACAACAACAACAACAGCAGCAGCAGCAGAUGCAACAACAGCAACAGCAGCAGCAGCAGCAACAGUUGGGCGCCACCGCUCAGGGCUCCGUUUAUUAUGCGAUGAAUGUAUGACCCGGGCUGGAAUAGUCACUGCCAGCGGCGGUCAUUGUUGAGCGCCGCCAGUGUCAACGCGUCGAAUUGUCAGCGACCUCAGUGCAUUUGACUGGAGCCGGCGGUGGGGCGGGUCUGGGCGGUUGCGGCAGAUGAGCGCGCAACGGCCUGCAGACCGCCAAGCGCCUCGGACUACUUGGAUUGGCUGCUGGCUUCAGGCUUAACUAUGUUGCUCCCAAAACUAUAAAUAGCAAUGCCUAUCAUGAGUUCUAGUUCCAUCUCUCUCUAUCUCUCUCUCUCUGCAUAUUUAAAUGCUAAUCGUUGAGUUCUAAUUCGCGUUGAUUCUAGCGAGCGUUGCUUAUGCUCAAAACGUUUUUUUAGUUACAACCCCCCACCCCCCUCUUGGCCCACCCAUACACGUUCGCUUAGCAAUUUGAGUGGCGUGUUAACCAACACUGUUUGUUUGUCUGUCUGUUUGUGUUCGUGUGCGUGUCUAAUUGUAUUGUAAGCACUCUAAAUAUUCAAAGCAAACUCACUCGCAAAUCCAAAACUCCAAUUGAUGUUUAUCGAAUUAUCGAAACGUAUCGAUUUUACGUUUAGCUCCUAAGUUUGUAGCAAAGAAAUCGAAAUGCAAACCAAACUUAAUACAUAUGAAUUUAAUUAUUAAAUGCUGGGUGCUACAACAACAACAACAACUAAAGCAAGUUAGCAACAAUUUGUUGGCACUUGUCUAGCAAUCUAAAUAUGAAACACACACAAAACAUUUGCUACCAAAAAAUAGUAUAUAUAGUACAUAUAUAAACUUUAAG